AUGGGGAGUGAAAUCGAGAUAAAUUAUUCUAACUCUUAAUCAAGCAAGUUGCUUAUUCAAGACUAUCUUUAAGGGAUGAGUAUCAAAGUGGAUUAUGACUGCAGAUAUCAUGAUCAAGAUGGCUAUACCUAAUCUUGCAAUGAAGUAAUUGUAGAUAAUACUCAAAGUUAGUAGUUCAAAUUUUUCCUGGAAUUCGUGACUUCUGCUAGAUAAGUAAUAUUUUCGGAAACGCUAGGAGAUUAUUUUUUUAUGAUUGACUCUUUGUAAGAAUCGUAUUUAUUAAGGAUCUAAGAUGGUAGUAAAGACUAUGAGGCUAUGAAUAUGAGAUCCUUAGAGUUGCUAAGAAGAAAUUGGACAUAUCUGGACUUUGGUUGUAAAAUCGAUGGUUACAUUGCAAUUUCUUAAUAUUAGAAAUUUGAAUAAUAUACUUUGUAUAUUGCACUCUAUCAAUGCAAAAUAAGCAGCGUCUUAUCCUUAAAACAUGCUAAGAUUCUAAUUUAUAAUACUCCGACUAAAAAUGUUUAAAUGGAAGUAAUAUAGCUUAAAAAUAACUACCGAUUUUCUAGCAAGAUCAUUGAUGUUGAUAAAGGUUAGAUAAGUGUUUUAGAUGCUGAAAAUAUGGUAAUCACGUUUAUAACAGCAAUGACUUGUAAAAUAACUAGCUCUUUUUCCAACCUGCUAUACACAAUGAAUUUCACUCUAAACCUUAAAGAUGAUACCCAAACUAUUACUGAUUUAAAAUGGCUGAGUUCUCUUACUGAACAAAAAGAUACCUAUCUUGUCUCAAAAUCUCUUCAGAUACCUGGAUCCAAUAUAGUAAUUAUAGUUGACCAACAAAUAGGCGCAUAUUUAUAUGAUUUGAAGAACUCUUAGACAAUAUUCGAAAUCAUUAUUAAAGAGUUAGAUGAAUUCUACUUAUAAUGCCAAGCAGAGACAGAAGACCUUUUUCUAGUUAAUAGUGUUGUUGGUGAAUGGCCAUCCACUAUUCAUCUUCUGACAAACUUUGGAAUAUACAUCUUCAGUUUUAAUAUUGACUUAACUAAUAGAACUUAGAUUUUCAUAGAUGAUUAAAAGCCAAAUAUUACAAUUAUAAAAAAGCAAAUAAUAAGAAGAAGCUUUAAUCAAAUCACUUCAAAUAUAGCUUAGAAUCAAUAUGGCUAUGCUUUUCUUGCAAAGUAAAUAAUUACUAAAGACUCAUUUUAUGUAUAUCUAGGAGCUAUAUCCCUCUAUUCCAGUUUCAAAUCUAAAGUAUUAGGCUUAUUUAUGAUAGGAAAGAACUUUGAAUGCAAUUCACUGAGCUAGAAUCCUUCUUUAACAUCAGAAAAUUUAGAUUAAAUAGGAGUUAGUUUUAUCUGUGAUACUCAAAUUUACAUUAUCAGAAUUUGCACAAGAAGACAUUUGGUAUUAGACUUUUAAAAUAUUACUGAGAAUGCAGGUGGGUUGUUAAACCUCUAAAAAUAAAGAUCAUUUUCUUAGUUCAACGUUACUUUAAUUGGAACAUCGUAAUUAUCUAAUCAUCAGGAAUAAGUACUCGUUAUAUUUAAACAAAUUCGCAACUAAAGUGAAAGUAAAUCUAAGAUUUUACUUGCAAGCAUAAUCUUCAUUAUUCUGAUGACAGUAUUUAUGAUUACAUUCAUUUCUUUCUAAAAUCUUAAGGGUAGUUCUAAAGGUAAUGGUAGAAAUAUAUCAAGCAAAUAGGAAAGCUUAGAUUCCUUCUACUAGCAAUAGAGAUUAAAAAAUAAAAUUAUUAAUAGAAGGGCAAUAUAUAAGAAUACUUAUGAGACCAGCAAUUUCGAUGAUAAUAUCAACUACGAUUCCCUUUUUUAAAAUGACUUCGUAAAUCCCCAAGAAUAACUAUAAGAAGCAAAUUAAAAGAAUUUUAAACAUCGAUCAUAGGAUUUAAUUGACUAAAUUGAAUAGCAUUCAAAGGAGGAAUUAAAAGAAAAGUAAAAAAAGAGAUCUACUUACUAUUCAAUCAAUGAAUCUAUAUUGGAACAAUCUGAAACAACAAUGAUUAUUGAGACUUAUAAUGCCAUUGAUGAUGAAUAAUCAAGCUCUUGA